CCUCCCCGGCGGGGCUGAGGGCGCGGGGCUGCCUGCCGGGAAGGGGUUUAGCCCGGUAACCGUCUCGCUUUCUCUUCAGGGUCGCAGGAUGCUGCUCACGACCUGGAGACGAUGAGAAAGUAUAAGGUUACGCAUGUUCUAAACGUGGCAUAUGGAGUCCAAAAUGCCUUCCUCAAUGACUUUAUAUACAAGACCAUUUCUAUUUUGGACCUCCCAGAAACUGAUAUUAUCUCCUAUUUCCCAGAAUGUUUUGAAUUUAUUGAGAAAGCCAAGAUCCAGGAUGGUGUGGUACUGGUCCACUGUAAUGCAGGAGUCUCCCGUGCAGCCGCAGUAGUCAUUGGUUUUCUAAUGAAUUCAGAAAGACUGAGUUUUGCUAGAGCCUUUUCCUUGGUGAAAAAUGCAAGGCCUGUGGCUUGUCCAAAUCCUGGCUUCAUGGAGCAGCUUCACAAGUACCAAGAACAGAAUAUAAAGGCAAAUGGAAGCAUAAAUGAUCAUGACUGAUCAAAAGGGAGAAGUGAAACAUCAUGUUUUGAGUAUAGAGUAACAGAUGUUGGAUGUACUCUGUCAUUUUGCAGUCUCAUUUCACAUGUGCAUUUUAAAGUCUUCACUUUUUUUCCUUUUUCUUAUUUCCUCUUGACCCCUCUCCUAUUUUUUUUGGCACAUAAUCUUAAGACCAAAUGGGAUUUCACUACCUUCGGAGAUGAUUUUGACCAAGAACAAGCUCUUUCUAGGCUACUAAUAAAAAGAUAAAGUUCAGUUUUCCUUGUGUUAGAAAAAAACAGCUGUUUUUUUAUUGAACUGUCAGAAAAGGCAGGCAGUAGAGAAAGGAAAUAACUAAGUUGCCUGGCCUGUUUAAUACUAAACCAAAUCUGUGUGUUCUAGUUGGUUGUAAAAUCUAGGUAAUGAAAUGUUCAUAUAAUAAAGUACCUUGAUAUUGGAUUUGAAAUGUCUGUUGCAACUAGAGAGGAUUUUACUGAAUUUUGUGGGCUAGCCAGCCAUUAAAUAGUUUUGGAAAUUAGAUGGUCUUUUGAGGCUGUUCAAAAAUGUAUUAGGAUCCUAUAAUGCUUCAAGUCUUUUUGCUGUUUUUCAUCAGGUAGUGAUAUGAAAUGCACUAGCACAUGAUGUUUCCCAAGUGCUGGAACCAGGCUAUGAGGGGUUUUUUUUAUUAGAUGAUUUUGGUGGAAAUACAAAAAAUGUUUAUAUUGACCCAUCUGUGACUUGUUGCUACUGCCUCUCGUGAGCAUUGGGGCAUCAUUUGCUGUCCCCUCGCGCAAUUCCACAUCAUGUAUAAAGAACAGACAUCAAAGGACAGGUAACUUUGACACUCCUGACCGAUUUCAGGCUGGAAUGGCACGUUUAAAAAACCCAAAAGAUUUGAAUGGUAUUUUUUGUGGCCUUCAUGCCGGUUCUAAAGGGUUUGACAUAUGAAUAGCCAAUAAAAUAAAAAGAAUAGUGUGUUUGGGUAAAA